AGAGUGAUGAUUAUUCACCAUCGAUGAUCGGAGUGGGUUUUGUUUCAUCUCAGGGUUUAAUGAAGAUGCGAACAAGAAGAUUAGUUGAAUAAGAAGGAAGAAAAAGUAAGUGAGAGAGAGAGAAAGAGAAAAAAAUGAAAAUAUUCGAAUGGUAGAAGAUAAAUAAUGAUGAUGUUCAUGAGGAUGACAAUGAGAAAAGUUCUGUAGAUGAUAAUCAUUCCUGGAAUGAGAGAAAAUGAGAGAAGAAAAAAGUUCCAUGGGUUAAACUUCAUCACUUGUUAUCCAUUAACAGUCAUGAUAAUGUCUUCAUAUUUUAUCACAUCUUUUCAAAUUGAAGACUGAUAAUUUAUCAUUAUUAUCAAAUGCUGAACAUUUAUCAUCAUCGGUGUUAACUUAAUCAUCUUGGUGAUAAGAUAACGAUCUGGUUUUAGUGACCACUGUCCAAGAUCAAACCUCUUUUGUGUUUUUCUUACUCAUUUCUAGUUUGUCAUCACAAUUUGUGUCUCUCUAAUUGUUAACAAAAUCCACUAAUUGUUACCUGUGUUUAUCCAUUUUAAUUAUUAAUAUGAUUUCUAUUUAUAAUCAUGAAGUUUUCAAUUAGCUGAUUGAAGUUAAUUAUUUUUCUUUCCUCGUAAAAUUGAUUGAAUUUUUAUUUCAUCAAAGUGUCGUUUCAAUUGUUGACCUUCAUCAUUAACAUGAUGAUAGAUGCAUCAACAGCAUCUUCAUCACCAUUACCGCAACCUUUUUCAUCACCUUCAUCACCACCACCACCACCACAAUCAGCAUCAUCUGCAUCAUCAUCAUCAUCAUCAUCAUCACCGACAACAACAUCAACACCACCAGGAAUCAUUAAUAUAAAUGAGAUGAUGUUACUCAAUGAAACUACACAGGUAACAACAACCCAAUCGACAACAGUGACUUCAUUUUAUUCAAAUUAUGAACAAUCAACAAAUUGUGUUAAUUGUAAUAUCACAAUCAACAAUAAUCCAAUUGAUAAUUCAAGUGAUUUGUUUAAUUCAAUUUCAUCAACUUUGUUCAAGUUUAAGGAUCAAUACAGUUCAAUUCAUGGAUAUUUAAGUUUGUGUAUCUGUUUCUUUGGCACCGUAACUAAUAUACUAAAUAUAAUUGUACUUACAAGGAAGGAAUUACUAUCAGCUACCAAUAAUAUCUUAACUGGAUUAGCAGUCGCCGAUAUGCUGGUCAUGAUGGAUUAUAUUCCCUUUGCAAUUCAUCAUUAUAUUCAAGUUCAUCAAUCAGCUGAUGAAAUUUACAGUUAUGGAUGGACAAUGUUUACACUUUUCCAUGCUCACUUUACUCUGGUUGUCCAUUCAAUAUCAACCUGGUUAACAGUACUUUUGGCUGUUUGGAGAUACUUAUCAGUAAGAUUUCCAACACAAAGUCGUGGCUGGUGUACAAUGAGCAAUGCCCGUUGGUUAAUCGUUGCGACCUACAUUUGUAUUCCCAUUUUUUUCGUGCCAACGUAUUUGACUUUUACCGUUAAAGACAAUGGUGCUGGAGGUUUCAAGAUUGAUUGGAGCGAUAUCUCUGUUAAUCAUAAUGAAUCCUUGAAACGAAUCAACUUUUGGGUUUUCAGUGUUGGAACUAAAUUGGUGCCUUGUAUACUAUUGACCUACUUAAGUUGGGCUUUAAUUCACGCAGUUCUUGAGGCCGAUAAACGGAAACGCCGUCUCAAGGAAAACUGUUACAAUUUAGCCUCAUCCAGUGGUGGAACCGUUAAAAGUGAGUACUCAGAGGAUUCAUUAACAGUCUGCCCACCAUUAAUCACCAAUCACAAUAACAACAACAAUCAAUUUCCUGGUGGAGGAUCACCGACCCAUCCAGAGGUAAAUCCAUAUCGUAAAGUAAAGCUAAACCCGUCAUCAACAACGACAACAAUCAAUGGUACAUCAACCUCAACCUCGACCUCGUCGAUACCAACAAUAGCAGCGGUAAUCACUUCACCUUCAAUCACAACACUUCAACCAUUUCAACCUCAGACAAAUGUUAAAAGUGUCGCAACCUCGCACCAUCAAAUGUCAACAAGUAUCAGCAUCGUCAACUCAGGUUCGAGUGCUCAAAGUGAUCGAACCACUCGAAUGUUAUUAAGCAUUUUAUUACUUUUCUUGGCCACCGAGUUUCCCACCGGAUUCAUCGCUCUAUUAAGUGGCAUCUUUGGUGAUUCAUUUUUUCACGCAGUCUAUUAUCCCUUAGGCGAUAUACUGGACACUCUAGCGCUGAUCAACAGUGCGGUCAACUUUAUCCUCUACUGUACAAUGUCCGAACAGUUUCGUCACACCUUUGCCAAACUAUUUUUCCUCUAAAAAUUAACUUAAUUGAGAAAGAAAAACCAAUUCGUAUAUGUAACAAUUAAACGAAAAUCAAUAAUUGUGAGAAAAAAAAAUUGUAUUAGUUUAAAUAUAAUCAAAUUUAAUCAACUGUUGAAACUUAAUUCAUUCAUUAAUCAGACUCACCAAUCAAUGUUCAUAGUGAUACAAGUAAAAUAAGAAAAUGAUCAACAAUUAAUUACCAGAAAGAAACCCGAAGAUUUCAACCUAAUAAUAAACAAUUAAUGAUUCCAAUUAAAUUGCCACAAUCAAACAAUAUGAUUAAUAUUAUUAUGUAAAAAGUAAAUAUAUAAUUAUUAUCAUUGUUACUGGAAAAUAAAUGUAUUUAAUAAAUUGUCAACAAUCAUGAUGAUCAUCAGUAAAUUAUUAUCAUUUGAAAGUUAAUUCAAAUAAAUUGUAAUAUUAUUGUUAAGUAAAUCAUCAUGAUUUAGAGUUGCUUAUAUCAACUUAACUCACAAUUAACUGAUUGUUUAGUAUAAAUUGGAAUGUUAUUUUUUUUCUUGAAUAAGUUGAUUGUUUUGCAACAAUUUAAAACUUUCCACAAAGUGAAUUAUCAUCUCAUCAAUCAAGAUUAUCUCGCGGAAAUACAAUUAGAUGACUCAUCCCCUGGUUCUGUGUUUAGAUUAGUUGAUUGAUUUUUGAUUGGAAGAGAAAAGUAAAAACGAAAAUCAGAAAAAAAAGUUGAAAGAGGAAAGAAAAAAGUUUAAUGAAAGUAAAGAAUGAGAAAAAAAAAGUUCUAAUAUUAAUAUUGGAACAUGAUAAAAUCGAUAUCAUGAUAAUCGUUAUGCUGAAACAAUUGAAUUUGACUGAAAUUAAAUCAGAAUUUGAACAUGAACACACCCUGUAGACUUCGUCACAAUAAAUAACAAUUUCCAGUUUCUCCUUCGUUACCUCCCAUUCCCACCGCCUUUUCCUACUCCCACUCCAACAUUUAGCUAAUAUAAACACACCGGGAGUCUAAACCUCUCAAGCUAAUUAAUCACAGUAUCCUGAAGGAUUGACCAACCAACUGACCAACAGUAAAACUGUUGAUAAUCAAAUUUUAAUUGGAAACGUUUUCUUAUCUGGUCAAGUAAAGAGGAAAUAAUUUCAUCAGAUUUUCACCUGAGAUUUCAAAGGAUUCUCAUGGUAUUGAUAAUCUAUUGAUCUUUCAUGAUUGAUUUUAUUUUCCAUCUUCAUUUUCAUCUUUAUCCAUUUGUUCAGAGUGUUUAUGAUUUAUGAAUAUGUAACUUGAGGUAAUUUCAAACGUUUACUCAUUCAACUGAAUUGAAAGAUUAAAUCAUCAUCAUAACCAACAUGAUUGAUUCAAUUCUAUUAAUCAGAUAACUUUUUCAAUGAAAACCCCUAGAAAAUGACAGAAAGUAAUUGACAAUCAUUCUUAUUAAAUCAAUAACAAGGUUGAUCAAAAUUCAUUUAAUUUGUUGAUCAAUUUCAGGUUUUACCAAUCAAAAUAAUUAGAUUAUAAUUCAACAGACUCAACAGUAAAUUUGUAAGUAUGUUGAUUAACGUGACAAAAUUGAUUAUCAUCAUGAUGGUAAUCAUUAAAUAAACACCAGGGAGUGAUUAUCAUGAUAACAAUUUACCAUCAACAACAAUAUCAACCAUUUAACACCAAGUGACCAAUAUCAUGAUUAUAUUAAAUCCAAUUAACGGUCAAUAUCUUAUCAGAGGCAAUUAACUAACCAUCACGAUGGUUAGUUAAUUUAGAUAGAUCAAGUUUGAUUAGGCUAAUUGUUGAAAGCCUCUUAAAUUUAAUUAACUGUGAUAGUUUCACUUACAGACAAACAUAAGGAAUCAGUUAAUUGUUUCUCGAUAAUCAUGAUGGAAAAUCGUUCCAAUUGUAACUAUUUACUGAUACGAUUCAAUCAACGAUACAGACAGUGAAAUAGUGGGUGUGAUUAUCGGUGAAAAAUGAACUGAACAAUUUUCACCAUGAUUAUCAUUUAUUUCCUUGUAUGUUGAUUAUCAUAAGAUUGGAAUAAGUUAUUACUUCAACUCUUUUUUUGUUACUCUUUUAUUUCCUAUCAUGAACAUGGCGAUUCUGAUUAUUUCAAUUGUUUCCUACUCGAUAAGUUAUCAUUACAAUUGGAUGAUAAUGUGAUAUUAAUCAUUAUUAUUAUUCAGUAAAUGAAACAAAUUGAACAAAAAAUGUUUUAUUUUUUUUUCGAACUCAAUGUUUCCGUUAUUUGAUUUGUAUUGGGAGUGCUUAGUGAAUCGAGAGGAAGAUUGGACAUUCAGAAUUGGAAAUGAUGAUGAUGAUGAUGAAAAGGAGGAAUAAGGGAUAAGACUAAUAAGAGUGGAAAGAUUUGUUUGAAGAAUAGGAACUUGAGAAAAUAAUAAUCAUGAUGAAAAGAAUGAAAAUGAUGACCAUCAUCAUCAUGAUCGAAGUUACAAUCAAAUGGAAAAGAAAAUCGUUGGAAAUUUUUAUUUUUAUUCUUUCCUUUUUUUUCUCGAUUCUGAUUGUAAAUUCUUUUUAUUUUUAUUUAUUUUUUACUCUAAAUUUCAAGAUUCAGAUUCAUUCGUAAGAUUAAACUUCAAUAUGAUUUUCGAUAGGUAGUGAUGAUAAUCUAAUAGAAUGAUUUUCUUUCUCAAUGAAGAUCGAAAAGCUUAAACUGAACUUUUUUUUCGAUGGUAUUCAAGUUGAAAAAGUUCAUGGUGCUUAAGAAUAGGAAUGAAGGUGAAAAUUCAGCUGAAAGGAUAACUUUUAUUUUCUUUCGAUUAGAAAAAUCAAGGUGAGAAUUUAAAGAUUGUAAAAGAAUAUUUUUUUUUCCUUCAAUCUUGUCUCUGAACAAUUUUAUCGCUGACCAGUCAACCAGCGAUCUCAUGGUCAGCAACUUAAAUAUAAUCGAUUCUGAUUUUUCAUCUUAUUCUUUGCAUCUUUUUUUCUUUAAUCUUCUACUGAUAUUAUAUAAUUUCCAUUCCAACGAAUUGUACUUCUUCCUGUUCAUCAAGUUUUCUCUCAUUUAUCAUCUUCUUCCGCCGGGUAAUCUCUCUCUCUUCCAAUAACAAAUUCUUAGGAUAAUAUUCACCUCCUACUAGUUGCAAUUCUCAACCAGAUUGAUUGGAAUACAAACAAUUUCGAUGAUCAUCAUCAAUCUUGGAAAAAGAAGAGGAUGAAAAACAUUGAAACGAAAUUCUUUCUUCAGUUAUAAUGUCACAAUUAUGAUGAAAAUCAGCUGAUAAAAAUGGUUACAUGAUCAAAUCCUGGAUCAAUAUUGUAAUCAUAUCUAUUUAUAAUCAACCUUUAUUUACCUUUGAUACCUUUUACCAUUCCCUUGACAAUAAUCACUUCGUUUUAUUCCCAAUUGAGGAAUAAAAUUGCUCCAAAUUCCUAAAAUAUUAUCCUUCUUAAUGUGAAAAUAUCACCAUGAAGAUGAAAUUUAACUUCCAUCUGAAUGUUUGUUUUUAUCUUUCUUGCAUAAUAGAAAAGGAUAAAUCUCAAGAAAGAAGGAAACUAAGAAGAAAACUACAAUCUCAUGAUAAUUCCUCAAGUUCUGAAACAGUUUUGACAUUAGGAACACUUUUUGUUAUACCAGACACCACCACCCACUCUCUUCCUGGUGAAACAAUUAUUAUAUUAGUUGGAGAGAGGUGGAAGAUUAUAUCUCAAUUCAGAGCAUAAACUAUACAAAACUUUCAUACCUUGAGUUGAAUAUGAAAUACUCGGUGUAAUCUGAAAGGUAAAAGGAUUACGACCUGAAACUUGACUUUACUACUAUUCUGUUUAUCUUUGUGUUGAUGAUAAAAUGUUUUCAAUAUAUAAAAGUGAUAUAUUAAAGUUAAGCAAUUAGGUUACCACGUUAACUGUCAGUUAAAUUGUUAUCAUUUUAUUUCCAAUUGAAAUGUUGUUUACUAAUUCCCAUCAAUCUUAUACAAUUUAUAUAUAUAUUUAUAUUAUAUAUAAAUGGUAUUUCCAAAUGAUAAUAAUAAUGCUAAAAUAAAUAGGAGGAGGAGUGGGUGGUUGUUGUUGUGGUGGUGGUGGUGAAGUUGGUUGAAGAAACAUGUCAAUAGCAAAUCAGUCAGAUAUUCUUGAUGAUGAGGUGAGUGGGUGGGUGUGUGGUUGAUGGUGUGUUGA